AUGAAGCUCAUUUUACAGAGGUAAUGAGUGAGACAUGUACACGCGAUGUCCAUCAAGUUGUUUUUUAUCCAGAAUAUAGAGAAAAAAAUGUUUUAAACCAUCUAAAUCUGUUUUUUUUUUCAUCAUCACAGCACCCUAACAUAUUGGGAUUGGGGCUGUAUAUUCAUCGUGAUGGGUCACACAGUUGACAUGUUAAAUCUUAUUUGUUAUUAUAAGUGGCUCAAAAAAUCUCAUUAUAAAUCAGAUGCAAGAUUUUCUGAUACUCCAGGAUUCAGGCUGAUCAAAAUGAGCUUUCUCUGGACUGAUCCUGCUCUGUGGGUUUUGUCCAGCAGUCGUGGACCUAAAUCUUAAUGAGCUUCUCUUCUUUAAACUCAUCUCUAGCAGCCAGUGCACCUCAUCUGGAUCUGCCUCUCAGAGUGAUCGCUCAAAAGAUGCCGGGAUCAAUUUUAAGAAGGCAGAAACACGCUCUCUGCAGUAAGUGUUGAUCAAAACUUUUCUCUUGAAAAAAAUGACGUUUAUGUGAGUUCAGGACUCACAAACACACAGAAACAGUUUGAGUUAAAUUUGAACUCUUACAGUUUUUCUCAGUCACUUUGGUGCAUGUCUCAGAUCAGAAUGAAAGUUCUCACAACUAUUUGUUCAAACUCCACAGCAUUCAGUUAUUUGUGCACAUCGUCGUAGCAGUCAAGGGUUUGCUGUUAAUGUUGAAUUUAGUUCUGAUUAAGUGAAUUUCUCGUCGUAGGGAUGGAAACAUGGACAAACAGAAAAUGGAGCAAACAGCAAAGUGGUGUGAAGCAGCUGGUCACACCAAGAUCCCACCAAAGCUGUGA